AUGGGGAGUAUCGAUUGUAUGCAUUGGCAAUGGAAGAAUUGUCCUAAAGCAUGGAAAGGGAUGUUCAUGGGUGGUCACAAAGGUGUUCCAACACUCUUACUUGAAGCUGUCGCCUCAUCUGAUCUAUGGAUAUGGCAUGCCUUUUUUGGAGUUGCUGGAUCUAACAAUGACAUAAAUGUCUUAGAAAGGUCUCCAUUAUUUGAUGAAGUGCUAGAAGGCCGUGCCCCUGAAAUUAAUUAUACGUUGAAUGGCAACAAUUAUAAUUUGGGGUACUAUUUAGCUGAUGGAAUAUAUCCAGAAUGGGCUACAUUUGUGAAAACAAUUCCACGCCCACAAGGUGAGAAGAGAAAGUUAUUUUCCAAAUAUCAGGAAAGUCAACGAAAAGAUGUUGAACGGGCAUUUGGUGUGUUGCAGUCUCGUUUUGCAAUUGUACGUGGCACUGCACGAUUCUGGGAUAAAGGAGAUCUCGCUAGAAUUAUGAGAGCAUGUAUCAUACUUCACAAUAUGAUUGUCGAGGACGAAAGAGACACAUAUGCUACUCCAUUUGGUCCGCUACCAUGUUACGAUGACACAACAAAUGGAAUACCGGAACCAAAUUUAGGGCAGGAACCUUUUGUUCCGUAUGAAAACUAUAUUCAAAGAACUACCCAAAUUCGUGAUCGACAAAAAUUUCGCCAAUUGCAGAAUGACUUGGUGGAGCACAUCUCACAAUUCGACAAUAGCCGUUAA